AUGUUCGGCAGCAUCUGGGGAUACUUCUACACAUCCUUCCUUAGAUACUGGCUGAAGUGGUUCAUCAGACAGGUGACAGGGAAAUGCGAGCUGCAAAGGAUAUGUGCCGGCUACAAGCCUGGGGCACCAAGGACAAUGAAAGCAGGUGAGUGAGGUUACAUUCUAGAGCUAAAUGGUUUUCAUUAGAACAUGUUUUUAAAUGUUUUGUUACGGAAAAACAACAAUUAGCGUUUCUUAUUGGACAAGUCCAGAUAGUCCUCCCUGUUUUUCCUCCAUUCGGUACCUAAUGAACACGACCUUUAUGAAAACAAGUUGUCAGUUGUGCUAUUCAUGAUCAUUUUGAACUAUUUUUAACCUGUCAUUUGAUCUUUCUUGACUCAGAAUACUCGCUCAAGAACUCCAAAUGUAAGGUAAGCAUUGGAAAUCAUUCUUCACUUGAUUUUUACUUAACUAGUCAACCAUGCAUAAUGCAUACCUGCUUAUCAUACAGACAGCCACAAUUAACUGUUACAUUUAACCCACUUAAGAAAUCAAUUGAUCAGUACCCGGAUGGUUGUUAAUCUUGUCAUGCUAAGCACAUUCUUAUCAACAGUCCAUGGGCGGUUCCAUUGUAACAGAGGGAUGCGGAGACUCCCAAUUUUUCACUUUAAAAUGAAUGCCAAACAAAAACCAAUGAUUGCAAAGUUAGACAAACCAUUCAACUUGUUACAAAAACACAUUUAGUUGAAGAACAGUGCAGAUGCAAAGUUUGGUAAUAAAAGGACGGUUUGUGCUGUCAUUCCGUUACCAAACUUUGCAUUUGGACUGUUGGAAGUCGUCCUUGUGCAGGGAGUUGUAUGAUUUGCUGAACUUUGAAAUCAUUGGUUUUUGUUGGGCAUACAUUUUUAAAGGGAAAAAUCUGAGUGUCAGAAUCACUCUGUUUCUGUGGAAUUUCCCCCAUACGAAGUUAAGGCAGUAGGUAAUGCAUAGUUGGUGGUUCCAUCAUCUGACCUCAAUGCUCAUCGUCCAUGUUAAGACCGCAUAGUCUGUAGGAGAAGUACUAACACAGACUCUGACCUGUUACCAUGGAUGAGAUUGUGUUGUAUAACUAAUCACACCAUCUCUCUCUGUCCCUGCUUUCUUUUCCCCUCCCUCUCUCUUCCUCUCUCCUUCCCUCUCUCUCUUCCUCUCUCCUUCCGUCUCUCUCUUCCUCUCUCCUUCCUCUCCUUCCCUCUCUCUCCUUCCGUCUCUCCAGGUCUUAAGAGCUGCUGUGGAGGUGGAGGAGGAUAGUUUGGAGAAGUGUCUGGAUCUUAUCAUGAGGGAAAAGAAUGUCAAAACGCAGAGGGAUCCCACGUCAGUCUUGUUAGCCUUUACUUACUGUUUUAUGAAUAUUUUAUAUGUAUUUAUGACUAAUGUGUGUGUGUCUCUUUGGUCCUAGGUUUAAGAUGAAUCUGAAGCUGUGUCUCUUACAAAUAACGGGAUACAGGAACUUAUUCACGUCCGUGGAAGAGUUGAGGAAGGAGACCUUUGACUCGGAUAAAGUAGAACACGAGGAAAUGCUUUUGAAGGUACUGCAGCAGUUCUUUUUUUUUUUAUGUCAAUGACCAGCAUGGAGCAAUGGAAUGUUUCUGGAUGAGAUGAUUCAACAUGACUGUUUCAAACUUUUAAUACCCAUCUCUAUUUAAAGGUAAGUGUAAAGUAUUAACAGGAAUGGACUUGUCUGACUCUCCAGUUAUGGGACCUGUUGAUGCCCGAGGUCAAACUGGAGUCCAGAGUUACCAAACAGUGGGGCGACAUUGGUUUCCAAGGCGAUGACCCCAAGACUGACUUCCGAGGAAUGGGCAUGUUGGGCCUAACCAACCUUGUGUGAGUAAUGUUGUCUGAAUGACUGUCGUCCUUAACAAUCUAACCUUGUUCAUCAGUAUUCUGAAAAGUGUUUUUUGGGGGAGGGUAGAUUUCUUAAUUUAAUUUUUAAUUUUUUUGUCAUUUAGCAGACGCUCUUAUCCAGAGUGACUUACAGAAGCAAUUAGGGUUAAGUGCCUUGCUUAAGGGCACAUCGACAGAUUUUUCACUUAGUCGGCUCGGGGAUUAGAACCAGCGACCUUUCGGUUACUGGCACAAUGCUCUUACCCACUAAGCUACCUGCCGCCCACUAAUUAAUAUAGUUUUCAUUCUAUAUCCUGUAUAUUACAGGUUCUUUAGUGAGAACUACACUGAAAAGGCUCGGCAGGUGCUGUCCCACGCAAACCAUCCCAAACUGGGGUAAGGAAUACGUCAUUACCUAUUGAACUGUUCUUUAUAUGUCAGCUAUGGUUCUGUUGCACAUUUCAGUAUAUUCACUCAUCUAUCAGUAGUCGCAUUAGUUUUAGCUCGCCCAAGGUACUGGGUGGGUGGAGUUUACACAUUGAGACCAUUCCAUUGGUCCUAAAGUGAAACCUCUGCACACAUGGGCACCAGACGAGCAAAAACAAGCACACUCAACAUAUUUAUAACCUUUUAAGGAUUAGCAUAUGUGUCAUGUUUCAGGUACUCAUAUGCCAUAGUGGGUAUCAACCUGACGGAGAUGGCGUACAGUUUACUGAAGAGUGGUGCUCUCAAACCCCACUUCUACAACACUGUGUCUGGGAGACCCCAACUGCAGCACCUCCAUCAGCUGUACUGUAAGUGGGUGCUAAUCGUGCUCCACUCUUUUGUUUGUCAGUGGCGUAGGGGCCUAACCAUUGAUUAUGUCAGAGGAGGACGUUCCUCAUUAUUUGUUUCAAAUCAAAUUGUAUUUGUCACAUGCGCCGAAUACAACAAGUGUAGACUUUACUGUGAAAUGCUUACUUACGAACCAUUUCCCAACAAUGCAGUUAAAAGGUAUGAAAAUUAACAAAUGGAUAAAAAUAAAAUAGUAACAAUAAAAUAACGAGGCUAUAUACAAGGAGUACCGGUACCUAGUCAGUGUAAUAGCAGAGAGAACAAACUGUGACUUGGGUGGCUGGUGUCUCUGACCAUUUUUAGGGCCUUCCUCUGACACCGCCCGGCAUAGUGACGUCAUCGUUCUGUUGUAUUCAUUUAUUCAUUCAUUAGUUUCAUUCCCUUUAUUCAGCCAUGAUAGUCCACUCAGUAACACAUGCAACUGUUUUUAAGGGAGUCCUGGGAACUACAGUGCCUUCAGAAAGUAUUCAUACCCAUUGACUUAUUACACAUUUUGUGUUAACCCGAGUUCAAAAUGGAUUUUUUUUAAAAAUCUCUCACCCAUCUACACACACUACCCCAUCAUGACAAAGUGAAAACAUGUUUUUAGAAAUUUUUGCAAAUGUAUUGAAAAUGAAAUCAGAAAUAGCUAAUUUUCAUAAGUAUUCACACCCCUGAGUCAAUACAUGUUAGAAGCACCUUUGGCAGUGAUUUACAGCAGUGAGUUUUUCUGGGUAAGUCUUUUAGAGCUUUCCACACCUGGAAUGUACAAUAUUUGCACAUUAUUCUUAAAAUAAGUCAAGCUCUGUCAAGUAGGUUGUUGAUCAGUGCAAGACAGCCAUUUUCAAGUCUUGCCAUAGAUUUUCAAGCCGAUUUUAAGACAAAACUGUAACUAGGCCACUCAGGAACAUUCAAUGUAGUCUUGGUAAGCAACUCCAGUGUAUAUUUGGCCUUGUGUUUUAGGUUAUUGUCCUGCUGAAAGGUGAAUUUGUCUCCCAGUUUCUGGUGGAAAGCAGAUUGAACCAGGUUUUCCUCUAGGAUCUUGCCUGUGCUCUUUUCCGUUUUUUUAUUUUUAAUCCCAAAAAACUCCCUAGUCCUUGCCGAUUUUAUAAGCAUACCCAUAACAUGAUGCAGCCACCACCAAGCUUGAAAAUAUUAAGUGGUACUCAGUGAUGUGUUGGAUUUGCCCCAAAUAUAACACUUUGUAUUCAGGACAUAAAGUUAAUUUCUUUGCCACAUUUCUUGCAGUUUUACUUUAGUGCCUUAUUCCAAACAGGAUGCAUGUUUUGGAAUAUUUUUUAUUCUGUACAGGCUUCCUUUACACUCUGCCAAUUAGGUUAGUAUUGUGGAGUAACUACAAUGUUGCUGAUCCAUCCUCACUUUUCUCCUAUCACAGCCAUUAAACUCUAACUGUUUUAAAGUCACCAGUGGCCUCAUGGUGAAAUCCCUGAGCCGUUUCCUUCCUCUCCGGCAACUGAGUUUGGAAGGACGCCUGUAUCUUUGUAGUGACUGGGUGUAUUGAUACACCAUCCAAAGUGUAAUUAAUAACUUCACCAUGCUCAAGGAUAUUCGAUGUCUGCUUCGACCAAUAGGUUCCCUUCUUUGCGAGGCAUUGGAAAACCUCCCUGGUCUUUGUGGUUGAAUCUGUGUUUGGAAUUCACUGCUCGACUGGGGGACCUUACAGAUAAUGAUAUGUGUAGGGUACAAAGAUGAGGUAGUCAUUCAAAAAUCAUGUUAAACACUAUUAUUGCACGCAGUGAGUCCAUGCAAUUUAUUAUAUUACUUGUUCAGCACAUUUUUACUCCUGAACUUAUUUAGGCUUACCUAAAGGGGUUGAAUACUUAUUGACUCAAGAAAUUUCAGCUUUUUAUUUCUAAUUAAUUUGUAAAAAUGUAAAGACAAAAUUCCACUUUGACAUUAUGGGGUAGUGUGUGUGGGCGGGCCAGUGACACAAAAUCUCUAUUUAAACCAUUUUAAAUUCAGACUGUAACACAACAAAAUGUGGAAAAAGUCAAGGGGUGUGAAUACUUUCUGAAGGCAAUAUAUAUUGUUGUUAUGCUGUCUAUAAACCCCUAACUCUGUCUUUGCCCUCCCUGCUUCAGGUUACCUGGUGUACAAGUUUGAUAAGUUCUGGGUGGAGGAGGAGCCUGAGAGCAUCAUGGAGUUCAACCACUACAGGGAAAAGUUCCACGACAAUAUCAAGAUUCAACUACUGGACCCUGCCGUCGCCCUGACAGAUAGUCCAAGAAGCACCUGA